AUGGCAACGCUCUGUCACGCUUUGGAAACCGUGAGACGAGAUUUAAGGCGAACUGACAGAGAAAUAAAAAGGCGUUUAAGAUAUCUAGACAUGAGUUGCUGCCCUAAAAGCUGCUGCCCUAAAAGUUGCUGCCCUAAAAUUUGCGAUGUGCAGAGCCACUGCUGCUGUGAUAUAAGUCUCCAUCCCUACUGUUGCUGCCUUCUCCACCCGUACCCCAAUUGCCUAUGUGACAUACUAUGUUGCCGUCCCUGUCGACCGCUCUGCCUCUCAACCUUGGAGCGGAAAGCUAUUAGAGCUAAAAUAGAAGCUGAGCAAGAACUGGCCAGGAUUCGAAGAAGGGUUUGUAAAAUGAUGGCAGCAUGUAGUCGUCCAAAGCUUUUAGCUUUAAUGGAUGUUAAAGGUUUUGACCCAGAAGAUAUUACAGUAAAAGUGCAAGAUGGGAAGGUUAAAGUUUGUGCUGAACAUGAAGAAGAAUUUAAGACUUGCAGAGGGAAGGAAUAUAACUAUUCAACUGUCACCAAGGAGAUCUGUUUACCACCAGGGAUUUGUGAGAAUGAAGUAACGUACACCAUAGGACCGACCAGUCUUGUGAGGAUAGAAUCACCUUGCUGUGUGCCUCCUUGUUGCCUCCUUAAUCUUAUUUAAACACUGGGCAACCAG